GCGCCUUUCCCGGAAGGCAGGGAGGCGGUGCUGGCCUCCGCGGGCGGCCUUGGCAAUGGCUGCUGGGCCGCGAGAGCGCUCUUAGCUUGGGAGCCGUGCCGCUAGACAAUGGCCUCGGUCGGGCCGGCCGCUUCGGGGGAGCAGACUUCGGGCGCUGGGGCAGAGGCGGAGCCGGGCCCCGCGGGGUCGCCGCCUUCUCCUUUGGGGGCCCUGCUCCCCCUGCAGCGGGAGCCGCUGUACAAUUGGCAGGCGACCAAGGCGUCGCUGAAGGAGCGCUUCGCUUUCCUCUUCAACUCGGAGCUGCUGAGCGAUGUGCGCUUCGUGCUGGGAAAGGGUCGCGGCGCCGCCGCCACCGCCGCUGCCGGGGGUCCGCAGCGCAUCCCCGCCCACCGCUUCGUGCUGGCGGCGGGCAGUGCGGUCUUUGACGCCAUGUUCAACGGCGGCAUGGCCACCACGUCGGCCGAGAUCGAGCUGCCGGACGUGGAGCCUGCCGCUUUCCUGGCGUUGCUGAGAUUUCUAUAUUCAGACGAAGUUCAGAUUGGUCCAGAAACAGUUAUGACCACUCUUUAUACUGCUAAGAAAUAUGCAGUCCCCGCCUUAGAAGCUCAUUGUGUGGAAUUUCUUACUAAACAUCUUAGGGCAGAUAAUGCCUUUAUGCUUCUUACUCAGGCUCGAUUAUUUGAUGAACCUCAACUUGCUAGUCUCUGUCUAGACACAAUAGACAAAAGCACAAUGGACGCAGUAAGUGCAGAAGGGUUUACUGAUAUUGAUAUCGACACACUCUGUGCAGUCCUAGAAAGGGACACACUUAGUAUUCGAGAAAGCCGACUUUUUGCUGCUGUUGUUCGCUGGGCAGAAGCAGAAUGUCAGAGGCAACAAUUGCCUGUGACUUUUGGAAACAAACAGAAAGUUCUAGGAAAAGCACUUUCCUUAAUUCGGUUCCCACUGAUGACGAUUGAGGAGUUUGCAGCAGGUCCUGCUCAAUCUGGAAUUUUGUCAGAUCGUGAAGUGGUUAAUCUCUUUCUUCAUUUUACUGUCAAUCCUAAACCCCGAGUUGAAUACUUGAUCGACCGACCAAGGUGCUGCCUCCGAGGAAAAGAAUGCAGCAUUAAUAGAUUCCAGCAAGUAGAGAGUCGCUGGGGUUACAGUGGAACAAGUGAUCGAAUCAGGUUCACAGUUAAUAGAAGAAUUUCUAUAGUUGGAUUUGGUUUAUAUGGAUCUAUUCAUGGUCCCACGGACUAUCAAGUGAAUAUACAGAUCAUUGAAUAUGAAAAAAAACAAACCUUGGGACAAAAUGAUACCGGAUUUAGUUGCGAUGGGACCUCUAACACAUUCAGGGUCAUGUUCAAAGACCCUAUAGAGAUCCUGCCCAACGUGUGCUACACAGCUUGUGCGACACUGAAAGGUCCAGAUUCCCACUAUGGCACAAAAGGAUUGAAGAAAGUAGUACAUGAAACACCUACUGCUAGCAAGACUGUUUUUUUCUUCUUUAGUUCCCCUGGCAAUAAUAAUGGCACUUCAAUAGAAGAUGGACAGAUACCAGAAAUAAUAUUCUAUAUAUAAUUUAGCACCAUAAUACACCUUGGCUAAACAGUACCGUGUAGUCUAGUCCCCAAAGACCACAAAAAAUAGUUUGAGUAUUAUGAAUAUUUAUAAGAUAAGAAACAUUUUAGUUUCUUAAAAGAAAUAGAAAAACAUUGAUUUAAAGGCAGAUUUUCCAUUUUCUAAUAACCUUAGAGGGAUAAGAGAACUGAGUUUAAUUGUUUUUUUAAAAAAGCAGCUAUUUCAGCUUUCUGUUGUGUACUAUAGAUCAGCUGACUUGUGGUCUUUCAGUAGUUUUGUAAUUGAAAGACUCUUGAUAUAUAGAGCUGGUUUGGUUUUUGUUGUAACUAUUUUGAAGGUUAAGUAAAGUGAGAUGGG